UUUACAGCAAAAUGGGAUGCUCCUUUACCUCCACCGAGAACAACAGAUGGUCAAGGAGAACAGCAAACACCAGAUGUUCUUGUUCUUGUGUUUGUGUAUGGCGCAGAAGCUUUAUAUGCUUGCUCCGUAAUCUUCUUCUCUCUUUACCAUAGCAGCGUCACAGCGCCACUCUCAGGUGUGGCGUAUAUACUGCAGCGUUUUCAGGCGUUAGUGGUUCUGUUCUACACGGACUUUUCCUGAAACGACCCCGUGUUUACGGAAAACGUUUUCAAAACGAAACUGAAAUAUGAGGUUUUCGUCUCCCUGUGGACAAGGCCUAAAGGGAAGAGGACUUUCCAGCUUAUCAGCAUCUCUGAUGGUACUGGGUGUCUAUGGUGUGGGCAGCUUGGGAAGGAACUAUCAAUGCUGAAAAGUAUUUAGAGGUUUAAGAGCAACAUAUGCUCACAUCCAGGCAAUGUGUCUUUCAAGGAAGGCUUCCAUAUUAUAGCAAGAUGCUUAAUCCACAUCAAUUACAAGAGCAUGGCUUUAAAGCAGGAGAGUCCAGGUUCUGAGCUGGCCCACCUGCGGUGUGUGGACUUGUUUAGCCUGCUGCUACUCCAACUCAGUCCUGGAUAAGCAGAAGAAGGUGGAUGAAUGGACAUAAACGGGCAAAGAACCACACAUGGUCACUUCAUCAACCUUGAUCUUAUACUAUAAUAAUGAAAAAGAUAUUUAGAGGUGUGUCCUUCAGCAUUGACGUCAAGAAAUUCAGAAUUUGAGUUGCACUAUAAUCUGCAUGUUUUGCUGUAAAUAACAUGCUGCAGUAUACUCUGCUUAUGAAAAAUAGUCCGCCUCUGCAAACUUCUUCCAGGAGCUCUGACGUAUAAAGAGUGUUUACAGUCAUACAAUCAUGUUCACAGUAAGGAACCUUGACUUGGUAUCAGCUUGUCUCCUCUGCAGCUUCUUUUGGAUCGUCUCAGGCUCUGAGAAUAACACUCUGGAGGUCUGGUCUGGUGAAGACGUCACUCUGCAUUGCUCCAACUUCUCCAGUUUCCACACUUGGAUGUUCUGGUUUAAAGUGGUCAACGGAAGCGAGCCUCACUGUGUUUGCAAUAUGUACACGUAUGGUGCACCUGUUAAUUUCUGCAGGGGAUUCACAAAGGGGAAAUUUGAAAUGACAUCAAAUAUCUCGACUGUCUUUCUCAAAAUCAGAGAGGUGAAUUCGUCCGACUCUGGGAUGUAUUUUUGUGGCUUUACUGAGGGCAGUGAUCCUAAGAUUAUUGAUCCUACAUUUUUGGUGGUGCAUGAUGAUCCAGAUGUAGAAGCAAGGAAGAUGUUCCUGAUCCUGGCCGUUGUCCUCGCACUGAUCAUCGUGUGUCUGGCUGUUGAAAUUAUACGGCUUCAGGGAGCUCUGCCUGAAGGUGAGCGAACAUGCCCAUGUUGUUUCUGUUUUGGCGCUGACAGUGAAGAAGAGAGCGUUUCAUCGGAAGCUCUGCCUGAAGAUGACCGCACAUGUUGUUUCUGUUUUGGAGCUGACAGUGAAGAACAGAGCGAGAGUCCAGGCUCAGACCACCUGAACCAUGUCCCCGUGACUUUUCUUCCAAGAGCAGAGAGAAAUCACAUACCUGCUUUCAACUAUGAGGAGGAAUUACUUUAUGUAAAUACGGCCACCAGAUGGACCCAGGAAGUGCCUGGGACUGCAGCUUUACAAGGCACUGAUGCUUCAUUAUUAAUGUAUUUUAAAUGACUACUGUUUAACUGGUUCUACUCAGCCUCUUUAUUUUAUCUGCUCAUACUUCUUUCUCUGACGUAUUUCUGUAGUCUCCACCUGCAUGUGAGAGACUUCUACUGGUAUUUCUGUCCUGUGAUCAGGGUGCAAUGUCUUGUAUUAAAAAGGAGGCCUCCCAUA